AUGUUUCUCGAAAUCUUCACAGUAUGGCUUGGCCUUUUCUCCAUAGGAUUCACUUUUUUGCCCAUGUUUAUGGUGUUCGAUUGGCGUAAGAGAGGGUCUGCUGAUGGUUUUAGUUCAGUUAAUUUUGUGCUUCCAAUGCUUGUACAAUCCUUCUGGCUCCGUCACGGAUACAUGACAAAUGACCAGACAAACAUCAUCAUCAAUUCUGUUAACUUGGUUUUCUUCGCAUUUUACGUCUCCGCGUUCGCCUACUAUCAACCAAAGAGAAAAUACCUCAUCGGUCAAAUCAUCGCUGCCGCCCUUGCUAUCAAAGUGGCAUUCGCUUACGUGGACACUCAUGAUGCUGCUUCGAUCAACGAUGCCAUGGGAUCAAUGGCUGCUGGAGCACAGAUUUUCAGUUUGGUUGGAGGAAUUUACGAGAUUAAACGUGUCAUCUCAAUGGGAACUACUGAAUACAUCCCAGCCGGGUUCCAGUUUGCCAUUUUCACCCUUAUUCUUCAAUGGCUUCUUUUCGGAAUUCUUCACGGAAACCAAUUCAUUGCUAUUUCCAACGCUGCCGGUUUGUUAGUAAACAUUGCAACCAUCUCAUUGUACUUCUUCUAUCCACCACUCACAUGGACUGUUCCAAUUUUCAAUAUUCCACCACAAAAGAAAGAUGCCAAGAAGGUCGAAUAA